AUGUGCUUCGAGACACCGGGUGCAAAGGAGAACGUAUUACAUGAGAAGGAAAAGCACUUUGAGAAACUUCUCUCCGUCUCAGAUGAGACGCUCCAAGAAAUCAAUCGAAAUUUUGUCAAAGUUUUGUCUCGUGGCUUGGAGCAAGAGGAUCAAGUUGUCCCUAUGUUCCCGACCUUCGUGUUCAAUUGGCCCACAGGUAAAGAGACGGGUGACUUUCUCUCCUUGGAUAUGGGAGGAACAAAUAUUCGAACCUGUUUGGUCAGACUAAAGGGAGACCGGACUUUUGAGCUCACGCAGUCCAAGUUCCGUAUCCAAGAGACUUACAAACACGUGGAUGGCCAGAUACUAUUCGAUUACUUUGCCGAGUGUAUUCGUGACUUCAUUGAGCAACAAUAUGGAUCUUGUGAUAACAUUAGCGAGGAUCUUUCAUUGGGCUUUACAUUCAGCUACCCAACCGUGCAAAAAAAAAUCGACCAUGGUGUCCUCACGCAUUGGACUAAGGGCUUUGGCAACCCUAACACAGAAGGGCAUGACUGCGCCGAUCUACUGCGGCAAAGUCUGAAAAGAGCUCGCGUCCCCGUAAAGCUUAGCUCUAUCAUCAAUGACACGACAGGGACUUUGAUUGCUUCGAACUACGUGGAACCUGAUACUCAAAUUGCGUGCAUUUUUGGCACUGGUUGUAAUGCGGCUUACAUGGAAGAUGUUUCAGAAAUCCCGAAGCUUGCACACUUAAACCUGCCUCCCAAUGAAAAAAUGGCUAUCAACUGCGAGUAUGGCGCAUUUGACUCCUUCGACCACAAGUACUUGGCGUCUGUGCGCACAAAAUACGACGAGGAAAUUGACCUCACUUCCAACAAGCCUCACCAGCAAGCCUUCGAGAAGAUGAUCGCCGGUCUGUAUCUCGGAGAGAUUUUCCGCUUGAUCGUUUGCGAGCUUAUAUAUGAAGGAGUGCUUUUCCUUGGGCAGGAAACAUACAAGAUUGAGAAGCCGUUUUCAUUUGAUACAGCAUUCCUUUCACUUCUCGAAACUGACCCUACGGAUGAGUUGCUCACAGUCAUGGGUUUGUUUAAGUACUUUUUCGGUCUUGAAACAGAACUGGAUGAGCGUCAAUUUUUCCGACGCCUUGCGCAGCUCAUCGGCACACGGUCUGCGCGCUUGAGUGCUUGCGGUAUUGCCGCUAUUGUGUCGAAGAAAAACUUGCUCGAGAAAGGUUGCACGGUUGGUAUUGAUGGCAGUUUGUUCUCCAAGUACCCUCACUUCUCUGAUCGUCUGCAUGAAGCACUUGAGGGCAUUCUUGGUCCUAAGGCCAAGUCAAUCAAGACGCGUCAAGCCGAAGACGGGUCAGGUGCUGGUUCUGCCGUCAUUGCAGCCAUGACCACGGCGCGUAAGAAAGAAGGUCACCUUGUGCAUGUCUAG